AUGGUCUUCGUUCGUACCUAUCAGGCAUAUCCAUUGUCUGAAAAUGUGUCUUCCUCAACGAUCGUCCCCAUAGUCUCUUUCAUUGUAAUUAUUAUUUACCUUUUGUCAUUACUAUGGAGUGAGGUUUUUGGGUACAAAGUGCCUGUUUUUGGCAUCAAAUCCCUUUGGGAACCUAUCGUCGUGUCCAACUUUAGAUUCUUCCGCCAUGCAGAAGAUGUUUUGGUUGAGGGAUAUCGUGCAAGCAAAGGAGAAAUUUUCCAAUUUCGCCGGGCUGACACCAACAUGUUGGUGUUGCCUCCCAAGCAUGUCGAUGAUAUACGAAAGCUGCCGAACGAUGUAGCGAGCCCAACAGUUGCCCAUGUGCAUAAUCUGAUGGGAUCAUCUACCAAUAUGCACAUUAUUCUUCGCAGCAAUUUGCAUUUCCGUACCCUGCAGCUCAAACUGACACCCAACCUCAACUGGCUUACACGUCCUAUGCAAGAGGAGGUGAACUUUGCUAUAGAGAAAGACCUCACAAAGUCAGAGGAUGAAUGGGUUACCAUUAAGCCUUACCAUACACUCUUAGACUUCGUUGCCCGUGUUAGUGCGAGAAUCUUCCUUGGAAAACCACUCUGCCGUAAUCCGGAAUGGUUGGAAAUUUCCACACAGUUUACAGAGAAUGUUUUUGUCUCUCUUGUUAUUCUCCGUCUCUUGCCCAUGUGGACUCAUGGGAUUGUGAGCUGGUUUAUGCCCUCGUCAUACAAGGGCACCGCGUAUAUCAGAAGAGCCAAGAAACUCCUGGUUCCCGAAAUUCUUCGUCGGCGGGAGAAAGAGAGCGGGGGAAUUGGGGCUGAGGAACAAGACAAAAACAAACAGAACCUAUUAUCGUGGAUGAUGGAGAUUGCUACACCAGAGGAAAGCGAUCCUGCAUCUCUAGCCCAUCUUGAGGUUGUGAUGUCCCUUGCAUCGAUCCAUACUUCGCAGAUGAACGCCGUGCAUGUGUUGUACGACCUGCUAGCACACCCGGAGUAUCUCGACCCUAUCCGCGAAGAAAUUCGUGACGUGAUAAAAGAAACGGGGCCAUGGAUGACAUGGAGCAAAUCGGUUUUUUCAAAACUUCGCAAGCUAGACUCCUUCAUGCGUGAAUCUCAGCGUUUCAAUCCUCCGACACUUCUUUCUAUGCACCGUGUUCUCCUUCAGAAAGCACAGCUCUCAAAUGGUACCAUUUUACCAAAAGGGGCUCAUAUCAGCAUGGCCGUCAAUGCCAUUCAAAAUGACCCAGAAGUAACGUCUGAUCCUGAGAUCUUUGAUGGCUUCCGCUUUUACAAGCUCCGUCAGCGUGAAGGCGAGGCUCAUCUCCAUCAAUUCUCCACAACUGAGAGUAACGUUCUGAAUUUUGGUCAUGGACCAAACUCUUGUCCUGGUCGCUUUUUCGCUAGUUUGGAGAUCAAAAUCAUCCUGAUACGUCUGCUGAUGGACUUUGAGUUCAAAUUCAAGCAUGAAAACAAGCGACCUGAAAAUCUGCGAGCUCACGAAUUCAUCUUUCCCAACCCAGAUGCGGAGAUCCUGAUGCGCCGCCGUCCUGCCUCGGAGCGGCUAGAGAUAUGA